AUACUCUGUUCCUGCAAUGUCAGGUCCUAUGACCGGCACGAUAUUGAGAAUUCGAGUUCCCUAUGCGAAGCUGAGCUAUACUGAGUAUAUAUCGUGUUUUACCAGUGGAGUACACUGACGGCAGCUGUCAAAGAAUACUACUUUGAACGUUAUUUCCUGCAGAGGUUUCACUGACAAUAAUUAUUCAUUUCUGCAUACUGUACUUGCCACAUACUGAAAUGACCAGUUUCAAAAGGUCGGAUUGGCUACGCCAUUUAUACCUUGAAGGGACAAAGUGGGAAAAAGCUUUCCCUGGUAAGGUACCUUGGCACACACUGAAUGUAGGCAAGGACCCAAAUAAUGGGUCUAAACUCCCUGUUGAAGAUAUUGAAGAGCAUCUCCCAAAAAUGCUUUCUGAUUGCAUGGACAAUAGUCUGGUUCCUCAUGAGUAUAUUCCUGAAGUCAUGGCUUACAUUACAAGAAAAGAAAAAUUUGAAACUAAAAAUGUUUCUAAAUUUGUACAGAAGAGAAAGAUGGCUCUUAAUAUUACGGAUUGCAUUAAAAGAUUUUUAGAACUGCCUCAUUGUGAAAAGAGAAGAAUGAAAAGAAAGAUAGAGAGCCAAGAUCUGUGUGUUAUUUUGACAGGAGUAGAGAAAUUAAUGACCAUGACUGAUACAGGGAGAUCCCCUGAAUACAAAGCAGAGGAGUGUGAGGAGAAGUCAAAGGCAUUUAAGCUCAUUGACUGGCUGAGACACAUAUACCUCUGCUGCCAGAAGUGGCUCAACGACUGUGAAGGACAGGUUCCGUGGGUGAAGUUGAAGGUCAAGGACCCUAACAACAGCAAGAAGGGAUUAAGGAUGAGAAUGGAAGAGCUGAAAGAGGCGUUGACAAUUUUGGCAGGACAGUGCCUUGACUUUGAAGUUGUGCCACAGCUCUACAUGGAAGAGGUGAUGGAGGCUCGGAGAGUCCUGGAGGAGGAUUUGGGGUUUGAUCCAAAGAAGUUGGAGAAGGAGGAAAAACUGAGGAAGACUGUUGAAGCCCUUGGGUUCCUGAAGAGUAAGGAAGACCUGAGUGAGGAAGUGAUUGGGACAAUAGACCCAGCUCAUCUCCCAUUGAUACAAAAAGGGUUACAAGCACUGGAAGAGUGUCUGGGUGUUGACAGACCAGUGAUGGAAAAAGAACCUGGUGAAGAGGACCAACAUAAUGAGAUGGAGGAGUAUAAGUUCCCUGACCAGGAGACGUUGAACAUGGACGAAGAAGAUGGCACCAACAUUUUAUUGGACAUUCUUGAUAAACAGAAUCCUGCUACCCUUACUCAAGUAGCAUCUGAUGAGAUAGAUGUUUUGGCUUCAGAACCAGUGUAUGCACCUGAAGAAGACCCUGGCCUGGUACCAUCGCCAUGUUAUGUCAGCGACUUUUCAGAAGCUUCCCCAAUUCCCCCAUCACCUGAAAAAUGUAUGGAUGGUCAUAUGUCCGAUGACUCUGGUAUUCACUCUCCAAUGUCCAGCGUGCAAGACAACAGUGAUUCUGAAGAUGAUCUUGCCGAUUUCUUGAAGCAUUUUUUGACAGGUUUAGAAGUAGACACUGAAGGUAUCUACAUUGCGGACUUGGGAUUGCCAGAUCCACCAGACUUGGGAAUCAGAUGCUUGAAGCGCAAAAUUUCAGAUGAUCUAGAUGAGCCAGUUUUGAAGAAAAAAAGACCUUGAAGUGCAGAUGGGAAGUUUUCAACUCUGGACAAUGAAUUAUCUAUUGAUUUGACAAGUUGAAGAAUGCAAAAGUUCUUGAAACACUGAAGAGUCCAUCACUUACCAAGGUGAACUGAGUGGCCAUGACCCAAUCAUGGUGACUACAGAGAGAAAGCCAGGUGCCAUCCCAGGCAAACACACAUGGCUGAAUAGUCAAGGCAUGGCCACAAAUCCACGAAAAGGAUGGCACAGCCACAGACCAACCAAGGCGAACGCAGAUUGCAGAAGCAUCAAACCCAGACCACAAAUCCACAAAAGGAUGACACAGCCACAGGCCAACCAAAGCAGUCCCACCUGCCAAGGAACACAGCUCUUGACCUGACAAGACCUGACAGAAUCCCACCCAUGACAAUAAUGAGAGCAGUUGUUGUUCCCAUACCCCGGACUUGACACUGUCUUUGGAUUCUUCCACUAGACAAAUAUCACUCGACCAUGACAUGCAGUACAGUAUGCUUCUUGGUGAUGACAUCCAAUUGGAUCUUCACUAAAUGUAAAUAGUUAUUCCUUUUAACGUUUAUUAUAAGCUAGAUGUUGAGAUGUUUGCUCAUUACAUGUUAUUAUAUGUUUAUUAUGUCAUAGCAUACCCUUCAUUCAUAUCAUCAUGUGGUUUCAUGUGAGAUCAAAGGGCAGCAGGGUUGUCAACAUUGUCAACAUGAUAAUAUAUUUCAUAUGCUUCCUGCUCUUAAUGGGGCGGUGGGGUAGCCUAGUGGUUAAAGCGUUGGCUCAUCAUGCUGAACACCCAGGUUCGAAUCCCCACAUGGGUACAAUGUGUGAAGCCCAUUUCUGGUGUCCCCCGCCAUGAUGUUCCUGGAAUAUUGCUAAAAGCGGCGUAAAACCAAACUCAGUCAGUCAGUCAUUCCUGCUCUUAAUCGUCUAAUUAUGAGAAUGCCAUUUUUGAAUAGUGGAAAAAAAGUGAGAAUUUAGCUAAUUAGAAUCGACAGGGGUGGAAAUAACCCAUUGCCGGACGUCCAAGUCCAGUGUUUUUUUCUGUCGGGCAAACAAACUUGUAUAGCUUUCUGUACCGGUGUCCAGUUGACUUUCCUAUGUUAAUUACAUGUAUGUUGUUUAUUUUAAAAAAUCAGCAAGAAAACGGUUGGUAUAGUGGAAAAAUUAUCAGGGCAAGUGACUUUACAUGUGCCACUGUACCGGAGUACACCAUCAAUUUUAAAAUUAUUUCCACACCUGAUUGAGUUUUAAUUUAAGAAAAUGGAAUACUUUUGUAUUGAUCUGAGUCAUCGCCUUGUUACACAAUCACUGACAUUUUCAUACUGAAUGUAAAUUAAUCAGUGAGGAUGACAUGAUACAGUAGUUGUUAAUUAAAGUGGUUUUCCUGGAAGUCAUCCAUGUGUAUUUUUCAGGAUAAGUAUAUUUCAUUUAUUUUGAUUGUCAUGUGGACGGAAAACAAAAGAUGCACCAUGCACGAUUUCCACAAAAUUUUACACAGGAAUGUGAACGAUCAGAUGAAGUAAGUUUACACAGGAAUGUGAACGAUCAGACAAAGUAAGUUCACACAGGAAUGUGAACGAUCAGACAAAGUAAGUUUACACAGGUAUGUGAAUGGUUAAAUAUAUUUUGGAUUGUACAUAUCAUUUCCAUUGAGACGUUUUCAGUUUCAUUACUAACAAGCUUUGAUUAAAGAUUAACUUAGCAAUAUUAUUCUAGUACAGUGUGACAUGAAAAUUUGAUAGAUUUCUUUGUUGGAUAUAAAUAUUUAAUGCCAUUUCAUUUGAUUCUAGAACCAUUUUUUGAAAGAGCAGAUGCAUUUUCCUAAAACAGUAAUAUGCAAUGAUUGUAACAUGUACAUUUUCAUUUUUCAUAUCAACAUGUCAACUGUUUUCAUAUUUUUGUUGGUGUCAUAGAAUCGUGAAUAAAUAAAUACUUAACUACA